GUCUAGCAGGGGGAAGCGCUCUGUGCCUCAGAGGGCUCGCGCACACCGGAGGAGCAACAGCACGCAGCAGCAGCAGCAGCAGCAGCCCAGCCAGAAGAAAGUGAUUUAAAAUUACGGGACUAACAGCCUCCCGUGUGCCGUAGCCUGUUCCUUCAGUCAGAUUUUAACAGGCUGAUACUGAAAGUACGCUGAUAAUAGCCUAAUAUUAAUACCAGAAGUAGGCUACUAUGGAGGACCAGCUGCUGUGCUGCGAGGUGGACUCCAUCAGGAGAGCCUACCAGGACGUCAACCUGCUCAACGACCGAGAUCUACACACCAUGCUGAAGGCAGAGGAAAACUACCUACCGUCGCCAAACUACUUCAAGUGUGUUCAGAAAGAAAUUGUACCCAAAAUGAGGAAAAUAGUUGCCACCUGGAUGUUAGAGGUCUGCGAGGAACAGAAAUGUGAGGAGGAGGUUUUUCCGCUGGCUAUGAACUAUUUGGACAGAUUUUUAUCAGUGGAGGCCACCAGGAAAACAAGGCUACAGCUGCUGGGAGCUACAUGCAUGUUUCUAGCAUCCAAGAUGAAGGAGACUGUGCCCUUAACGGCGGAGAAACUCUGUAUCUACACGGACAACUCGGUCCAGCCCGGAGAGCUGCUGCAAAUGGAGCUGCUGGUUCUCAACAAGCUGAAGUGGGAUCUGGCUUCAGUCACGCCUCACGACUUCAUCGAGCACUUCCUGUCCAAGCUGAAGAUCUACCCGUCCACCAAGCAGAUCCUCAGGAAACACGCCCAGACCUUUGUGGCUCUCUGUGCUACAGAUGUCAACUUCAUCGCCAGUCCUCCGUCCAUGGUGGCUGCGGGCAGCGUGGUGGCAGCUGUUCAAGGUCUUUACCUGAAAAGCCAAGAUGCCUCUUUGUCCUCCCAGAAUCUCACCAACUUCCUGUCGCAGGUCAUUCGCAGUGACCCGGACUGCUUGCGGGCAUGUCAGGAGCAGAUAGAGUCUCUGCUGGAGUCCAGCCUGCGGCAGGCUCAGCAACACAGCGGCACAACAGAAACCAAACGCGUGGACGAGGACGUGGACCUGUCCUGCACCCCGACAGACGUCAGAGACAUCAACAUCUGAAAUGACUAACAUCUGCAUCGCAUGAUGAUCUGAUGAUCGAGGGAAAGUUGUCGACAGAGGGUAGUGACGGGUGAGCUGGGGAGGGGGUGCCUCAUCUGAACUUGGCCUCCCCCCCUCCCCCUUCUUCGCGGCGGGCUGCUAUCAUGGCUGACACGUCCUUCACAUGUCUGCUGUCCCAUACUGCUGCCGAGACGGAACAGAGCGCCCCCUGCCUGCCCCGCAGCAAAUCCCAAGUCACAUUUCCUGCCAGUGUCCCCUCCCAUCCUGGGAAAAGAAAUGAACACUACAGAGAUGUACCAGAGAGAGAAAAAGACACAGAAUACUGAUGGCCUGCGAGGGCUGGAGUUGAAGCCACACAGCAGACAUUUUAGUAGAUAGUUUUUCUUAUUCCCUCAAAUAUUAAACUAGGAAUCUUUAAAUUACAGCAGACUCAACUUGCCUACUAAAACAUCCCAAAGUGUCAUGUACAGUAGGUCCUUGUAGUCUGCCUUCAGGUCUUCACCUGAAAUCUGACUUUUAUUAAAGAGUUUAAUUUCUCUUCUGUUAUGUAGAAUGUUUUAGACUGUCCAAGCUCCCGUGUUUGUCUUGUUGCAGUGCAGACAUUCAUAUAUCCCUGCUUGCUUGUGUUUAGUCACUUUAUUAUAUAUCAUUUUAGACCUUUUUGUCAGUUAGUCUUAAACCUCUUUUCCUCCAAGCUUUUUGUUUUGUAAACCAAGUGUAGUGUGAGACGCUCAGUUUUUAUGACCCUAGUGGACUGUGGACUGCUGAUGUUCAGGUUUGGACAAAUGGGAUUCUUUAUUCAUUUGUGGACAACUUUCACAUUACCCAUUUCAGCUUGGUGUAGUUUGAUAAGAUCAAAAGCAGAGCCAUCCACAGUCUGUUAUGUUUCCUUUCUCUGUGUAGUUUAAGCUAAACCAUUCCAACUUUGUUUUCUAUAAAAAAAGCACUUUUGGUCAGCGCUGCUGGUCGUCUAAAAAAAAUCACAGUGAUAAAGUUUGUAAAACAACAUGAUAAUGGAAUGGGGGUGUGAGCAGGAGUCUUUUGGUGAUGGAGUGAGAGCAGCGCCUGCUGACAGUUGCACCCGGAUGGGAUUCCUCUAAUGGGACAAAAGAAUCGACCAGUAUGGCAGAAAUAUAUUUUUUAAAAACAAGAUGAAUGCUGCUUGACAUGAGUCUCAUAGAGCCAGGCGCUUGCUGUAGCUGCCUUCCAAGUCUCAGAUUUGAGGUUUAGUUCAACAAAUGUUUCAUACAGGCAGAGCUGCUCUUACAUUACAAUUGUGACAUUGGUUUAGUUAAACCUCAGUGCGCAGAGCCAAAAGCUAAAGGUCCACACGUAAAGUAAAAACAAGUAUUCAAAUAAUACUUUAUUUUUAUAUAGAUAAACAUUAUUUAUUUUUCUUAGCCUGCAUUUUCCUAGUUUGCUAACUAACCGUGGCUCCACCUACUGAUACUUAACUAUGUCUCCAGAGCAGCUCCGCCAUCCAGAACUAUUUGUAAAACUAAAGCUCCAGUCUGCCUCUAAAUCACCAGGACAACAUCUCCUCCGUCGCUCCACCUCAGUUCAACAACUGCUCAUGGAUUCUGGGAAGGCGAUGAAGCUAAAAAAAAAAAAAAGGAAGAGGAGUGUUGAGACUAUUGACAUGAUUU